AUGGGAAGACAUACACAACAUGCCCUGAAUAGAUUUCCCGGCAGAGAACACAGACCUCUCGGUGCUGCCGACCACCGCCUCUUCGGAGAGGAGAGGAGUUUCAACAGCGGCGCAAAACUGCUCCGACAGCCAAUGCGAACACCAAGGUACCGCCCCUGGGGACCAGUGAAGCCGCUGGACAUUAUCGUCAUCACCGACGGCGUGCCCUCGGACGAGAUCGAGAGCGCCAUCGUCCACGCCGCCCGCAAGCUCGACACCCUGUCCGCCGAGCGCUGGAAGGUGGGAAUUCAAUUCUUCCAGGUCGGCCGCGAGCCCGAGGCCCGGGACAUGCUCUGCGAACUGGACGACGCAUGGGAGGUUUCCCAGAUAGCACCAGACGGAUGA